AUGGCAUAUUAGCAUGACGAAUAGAUAUUAACAACAUCGAUAAGAAAGGAUAAAUUCUGAUUGGAAGUUGGUGAUUUUUUUGUUGUUGUUGUUUUGUUUCUAAUUUGGAAAUAUUGGAGCCAUUUUUAUUAUGAGAAUGAGAAUGUUGUUGAUGGGGGAUAUCAAUCAGUUAGUUGUUUUGUUUUAUUUUUUUUUCUUCUCUUUCAUUCUAAUACGUACGCACAAACAUGAUCACAUACACGCACACACACAAAAAUAACUCCAAUAAUAAUAAUAAUGAUAUUUUCUAUUUAAGAUAUUAAUCAUAUUAAUAAUUCUUUAUAAAAUAAUUAAUAUAAUAUUUCUGAUUAUAUUUGUAAUUCUUUUUAUUUAUUUGUUUGUUUGUGUGUCUGUGUAUGUGUAAGUGCGUGUGUGUGAGUGUGAAUGUGAGUGUCUGUGAUUGAAACUGACUAUAAAUAAAAAAACACAGAGAUUUAACGUUGAUUUAUUUUACAAAAUGAUCAUUAUAACAGAACAUGGAUCAUUAUAAUAUUGAAUCCUAUUUUUAAAAAAAAUAUUUUUCUUAAUUUUUAUAUUCAAACAACAAUACUACUGAUAAUACUACUAAUAUUCAAUUUCAAAAUAUUCAAGAUGAUUUCACACAGAAAUUGAACAUUGAUCUCUUUAAUAAAUUCAUCAUUAUAACACAAUAUGGAUCAUUAUCAUAUUAAAUAAUCAACAUUAUAUUUUUCUUAAGUUUUUUUUUGUAUUCAAACAACAAUACUACUGAUUAUACUACUAAUAACCAAUUCAAAAAUUAUUCAAAAUGAUUUCACAUAGAGAUUAAACAUUAAUUUCUUUUAUAAAUUGAUCAUUAUAACACAAUAUGGAUUAUUAUAAUAUUAAAUAAUCAACAUUAUAUUUUGGAUUAAAACAAUAAUACUACUACUAAUAUACAAUGAUUUCAUUCUUAUAUCAUUAUCAUCAAUUUUUUAAACAUUUAUUAUUUAAUUAUUUAUUAAUUAUUAUAUUUAUAAUGAAACAAUUAAUUUAUGCUAAACAUACUACUGAUAAUUAUUCAACUAUAAUUCAUUCUAAUAAAGGAAUAUCUAUUAUUAAAUGGGAAUUUCAUGAAUUUUCUAUACAUAUAACUGUAAUGUUAUUUUUAAUGAUAUUAAUAUGUUUAAAAUUAGCUUAUCAUUAUAUUCCAUAUAUAUCAUCUUAUAUACCUGAAUCAUUAUUAUUAAUUUUAAUUGGUAUUACAUUUGGUAGUAUUGUAUUUUAUAAAAUUGAAAAUUAUACCAUUGAUAAUACUGUAUGGAAAUUUACACCCUCUUUAUUUUCAUAUUAUUUAUUACCCCCUAUUAUAUUACAAUCAUCAUAUGAAUUAUAUAAUAGAAUAUUUAGUGAAUAUUUAGGUGUUAUAUUAAUAUUUUCUAUAAUUGGUACAAUAUGUAAUUUUUUAUUAAUUGGUUUUAUUAUGUAUGGUAUCUAUGCUAUAGGAGGAUUUGGACAACCACAAUUAAAUAUGGAUAUUAAAACAUUUUUAUUAUUUAGUUCAUUAAUAGUUGCCGUGGAUCCUGUUGCUGUAUUAGCUAUUUUUCAAGAUAUUGGUGUUGAAUUAAGUUUAUAUUAUAUUGUAUUUGGUGAAUCAUUAUUUAAUGAUGCAAUUACAAUUGUAUUAAAUAAUAUAAUGAUUGUAUUUAAUAAUAAUGAACAAUUAAGUAGUAUACAAAUUUUUAUUGGAAUUGUAUCAUUUUUUACUGUUAGUUUUGGUGGUUUAUUUAUUGGUGUUAUAUUUGGUAUUAUAACAUGUUUAAUUACAAGAAUACGUAGUCAUUUAUCUGUAUUUACAAUAUUAUUAUUAGCAUAUUUUUCAUAUAUUAUUGCUGAUUGUAUUGGUUGGUCUGGUAUUAUAUCAAUGAUUGGUUGUGGUCUUAUACAAGCUGCUUAUGCAUUUCAUAAUAUUGGUGAAAAAUAUGUAAAAAGUUUACAUUUAAUAACUAAAAUUUUAGCUGAAGUUAGUGAAGCUGUCAUUUUUUUAUUUUUAGGUAUUCAAGUUAUAUCAUAUAAGUUAGAAUGGCAUACUGGUUUUAUUAUAUGGGGUCUUAUAUUAUGUUUAUUAUCACGUACUAUAGUGAUAUUUUGUAUAACAGCUAUUGUAAAUUAUGUUAAUAUUGAUGAAACUAAAAUAACUAUAUCUCAACAAAUUAUAUUAAUUUAUGGAGGAUUACGUGGUGCUGUAGCAUUUGCAUUAGCAGUACUUAUACCAGAAGAUAUAUUUCCAAUGAAUGGAAUCUAUCAUAAAAAUGUCAUAGUAACUACAACAUUAUUUAUUAUAUUAUUUACUGUUGGAUUUAUGGGUAUUACUAUUAAACCAUUAAUGAAAUUAUUAAAAAUACGUAAAAAAGAUCAUGAAAAAUUAAGUUUAUUUCAUAUAUUAAAUAAAAAUAUUAUUGAUCAAACAUUAACUGGUAUUGAAAUAAUAAUCGGAUCUAAAGGACGUAAUGCUAUAAGAGAAUUUUUUAUACAUAUUGAUCAAAAAUAUAUACGACAUAUUUUACAACGUAAUCCGGAACGGUAUGAUGAAAAGAUAUUAAAAGUCUAUGAAAAUAUUGCCUUAAAAUUACUCUUAGCAACAACACAUCCAUCUGAUAUAGACAAUAUAUUAAAAAAUAUACCAGAAUCAUUAAAAUUUAAUCCUAAUUCUAAAAAUAAUAUAAUACCAAAUGUAUAUAAUAGUUCAACACAAGAAUGGAUUAUACGGAAUAAUCUUUCAAUUAUACCAAUUGAUGAUAUUGAUGAUGAUUAUAAUGGUAAUCUUAAUCAUGUUGAUGAUCGUGAUCAUGAUCAUGAUGGUGGUGAUGAUGAUGAUGAUGAUGAUGGAGGUACAUUUGGUGGAGGUUCUUUUAUAUCAGCUGAACAAAUGAUGACAAUGAAUAUGAAUAAAAAACAAUAUACAAAAAUUUCAAUGAAUACUAAUGAUAUAUUAUUUGAUCAAUUAUCACAUAAUAAUCAAUUUAGUAUCUAUGCUUCAAAUUCUAAACGUAAAGGUCAAUUAGAUUUAAAUGAAGCAUUUAAUGAUUUAUUAAAAUAUCGUAUAGAAACUAUUAAACAUCAAUUGCCAUUAGAUAACACCAACACCAAGAAUAAUAAUAAUAAUAAUAUUGAAAUGGGUAUCAAUCAUUAUAAACAUACAACUAAAAUGGAUCAUAUAGAUCAACCAAAACUUGAAGAAUUUAAACAAACAGAACAAUUGAAUAUUGAACAUAAUGAAAAUAAGGAUACUAUUCAAAGUAAAGAAGAUACUGAUGAAAAAAAUUAUCAUAUUGAACAAUAUAAUCAACAUGCUACACAUUCAUUACAACUUGAUAUUAGAGAUUAUCGAAAAAGACGAGAUUUGAGAAAGGAUAUUGAAUAGUGUAUUAUUAGAAUAGUAUGAUUCUAACAAUUGAGAUUAUUAUUACUAAUCCUUACUAUUUCUAUUUUGUAACUUAUGUACAGAAUAUCAGAGAAAUAAAGAUUCUUUUCUAUUUGU